UGCACAGCGAGCGUUGCCUCCAGAAAUGUUGACGCGGCUAUCACUAAAACUGCAACCUACAAGAAUCCGCCCACUCUUCUCUGCUUCAUCAGUGCCAUUAUGUGAUCGAUUGAUUGAACAAGUCUAACUAGCUGCCGAAGAUGGGCACCACCAGAGCAGCUUGCAGAUGCAGGUGUCGAACGCCCACUCGCUGAUGAAAUAGAAAGAUGCGGUGAACACUGACGAUCUGGUGAUCUGAAAAGAUGUCGUUCUGAAACUUCUUCGUACACAGAAAUUCUCAUUUGGUCAAGGCAUUCGCGACAUGCAAUACUCUAAUUGCAAGAAACGUGUCAUGCCACACAGAAAUUAGUGGGCAGCAGACAAUCAGUCAAGAAUAUAAUACACUCCACAAGCAAGCAUGGCUUAGAAAUAAUAGUCGGUAGCAUUAUGAACUGGACGAUGAGGGCUGAGUUAUGACGUGGGAGGAAAUUUAAGGGCAAGCUUCGUGACUUUUGCAGAACAAUUACUGAUGAUAAGUAGAAAUGCUGAAGCGAAAAAAAUACGAACAAAACGCGGAGGCGUUUCAAAAUUGUAAGUAUUUAGUGGAGUUUUUUAUUUUCCAUGCCAACGUUGAACUUAUGAGUGUGUAUAAGCUCGAGUUCUGUCUUGUAACUCUAGUGAUUGCGAUUAAGUGGUCAUUAGUUUGAGCUUUUUGAGUGCGAUCCGUCUCCAUCGAGCACCUGGAGUUGCUGGAAGGACCAUUUCAAUUCCAGCAACUUCUACUGGUGGAGAACAUGAAGUCGUUUCUGCUAAUCGGAGUGAUAUAUGGCUUGUGUGCCUUGAGUGCAUCCGCUUGGGAGUGUUCAUUCAAUGGGCGGCGCAAAGUGCUCCAAGUUGGGGCUCCAGAUGCAGCCCCACCACAGCAACUAGAAGCUCCUUCACCUUCAGCGCCAUCUUCACCACCACUACCCCCGCAAUCGACUGUGGCUACACGCCCAACGGGUGCAGAUGUGCACGGCGAACCCCCACUAGAUUACGAUUUCUAUACCAAGUCGUGCCCGUCAUUUCAGCAAAUUGUGAAGACCCAGGUCGCUAGAGCCAUUCUAGCAGACUCCCUCACUCCCGCAAAGUUACUUCGUUUGUUCUUUCAUGACUGCUUCGUGAUGGGUUGCGAUGCGUCUCUGCUGCUCAAUUCUACCGUGGUGAACCUCGCGGAGCGAGAUCACGCUAACAACUUCACUGUCGACAAAUACUCUGUCAUAGACUCAAUAAAGGCCGAGCUCGAGAAAGCCUGCCAGGCCAUAGUGUCAUGUGCUGACACCCUCGGCGCCGCUGCUGCGGAGGCUGUGGAACAAGCGGGAGGACCACACGUCGACCUAGCAUAUGGCCGACGGGAUGGACUCGAAUCUUUCGCACCGGCCGCAAAGACGAAUUUGCCAGCCGGCACGCUUCAAGUCGCAGGGCUGCUAGAGAAUUUCCAGAACGUAGGACUGAAUCUCACCGAUGUGGUGGUGCUCUCUGGCGGUCACACAAUCGGUCAAGCACGGUGCUCCUCAUUUGCCGAUCGGUUCACACCAGGAGUGAAAAACCCUUUCCCCGACGUCUCAUUCGGAGAGAACCUGUACACUUACUGCGUCGAAGGCAAUACAAUAGGCCUCGACCGCAGAAUGUCGCUCGACACCAACAGCACCACAGUCUUCGACAAUGGCUAUUUUCGGAGCUUAGUCGCAGGUCGCGGCAUCUUGACAUCGGACAACAUUCUGUUCACUGACCCUCGCACCAAGCCGCUAGUCACUCAAUUCGCGGAGAACCAGGAUGCAUUCUUCACCGCAUUCAAGGAAUCCAUGGCGAAGAUGGGUCGCAUCGUAGUCCUCACAGGCACUCAAGGACAGAUCCGCAAGCAGUGCUGGGUGCGCAAUCCCAUCGAUGCCAACCUAAGGCCUGAGGCGAACAUGGACUUCGCUCCCCAGAGCACCAAGUUCUGCAGGCAGAAGCCUUGCAAUCCCACAUGCUCCGACCCUGCUUCAUAGAUUCAGUAUAGCUUCUUUUUUAUCACAGGGGGACAGUCCUUGUGGUGGUUGAAUCCGAGCUGUUGUUGUGGAGGUGAUCACGUCAAGUCCCAUUCAGUGAGGUUGCAAGAUGAGAAUGGUUGGAUUCGACCGCAGUGGAUGAGGCGAAGGUGUGGCAAUCGGCGAUUGGCCAGUAUCUGCAACGCAAUGCAUUGAACAGGUGAAGGUUCGACGUUUGGCCGAUGUAGAGUUUCAAACCAUGUGCAAGCUUUAGAAAUCUAGAAAGGGCUCAUCUUACGAUCUUUAGAAAGUGGCAAAAGUGGCUGGAGAGGGGUGAACAGACUAUGAAGUGGAAAUGAAUUUUCACGCCAACUCACGCUAUGAGACUCAAACAGAAACUUAACAUUGUGACGCAUUUUUUUGGUUCAUCAGAUGAACGCGAUGUUUCCAAAACGCCCAGUACUUCUUAUCCUCUGCAAAUUGGUGCUGGAGCUCUGGCUCAAAGCAAAUUUGUGCUUCAGAAACAACAAUAUGGAAACAGAAAUUCGAACAUUAACCAAACAAUGAACAAAUCGAUUUUUUGGGGGAGGGAGUCGAUUGCAGAGAGCUCCUCACAUCCAACGGCGAGAGUUUAAA